UUCUAUUCAACCCACCACAAGAUAAAACGUUUUGAAGACGUACUUUGAUGAAUGUCUGUGACGGGAAGAAAAAGAAGGAGGUUGACAUUGACAUUUAGUCUUGCCAACGGUGUAAGAUAGAGGGAGAGACCAAUAGAAAGGCAGAGAAAGAUCAAAUUUUUACUUUAUAAGUGAGAACUAUCAGUGAAAAUCAAAGUUGCAGGUUAACUAUAGGGUGUCGGGUUAAAGGACUACCACAUUGCCACACAUAUACCUUAACAAGAGCGAGAGAACGCACAAUGGAUCGCAAAAUUCCCGAUUUUGCUGGCAAUUGGAAAAUGAAAAGUUCCGAGAACUUCGAGGAGCUUCUCAAAGCAUUGGGUGUGAACGUGAUGCUGCGUAAGAUUGCGGUUGCAGCAGCAUCGAAGCCAUCUGUUGAGAUUACGCAGGAGGGAGAGACACUGUCAAUCAAAACCUCCACCUCUGUUAGGAUCACCCAUGUAACCUUCACUGUAGGACAGGAGUUUAAUGAGGCCACUGUGGAUGGACGACCUUGCACGAGCUUUCCUCGCUGGGAAACAGACAGCAAGAUUAGUUGUGAGCAGACUUUGCAAAAGGGUGAGGGUCCAAAAACCUCAUGGACAAGGGAGAUAACCAACGAUGGUGAACUGAUACUGACCAUGACCGCAGACGAUGUUGUAUGCACAAGAGUUUAUGUCAGAGAGUGAAAGUAUGAGGAAAAAGGAAGAAUGUCCUACAGAUCACUCACUCUCCUCUUUAACCACAAUGACUGUGAUUUUAUAUCAUCAAUUACAUUUAUCCAUAAACUCUUCUUUUGUGCUUUUUUGGUUGACCGUUUAUUUGAAUAAUAAAUCAGAGAGCCAUGUAAAUUAAUAAUUUCAUUUCACUCCUGUUGUAGAGAAAGCAAGUUUGAGGCUAAGGUUUUAAUUAUUAUUAUUAUUAUUAUUAUCGGGCCCUGAUGGGUCAGUUAAAGGGAUAUUUCACCCAAAAAUUAAAAUUCUUUCAUCACACAAAAGAUUUUAGAAGAAUAUAUCUGUUCUGAAAGUCCAUACAAUGCAAAUGAAUGGUGGCCAGAACUUGGAAGGUUCAAAAAGCUAAUAAAGGCAGCAUAAAAGUAAUCCAUAUGACUCUAGUGGUUAAAUGCAUAUAUUCAGAAGUGAUAUGACAGGUGUGGGUGAGAAACAGAUCAAUAUUUAAGUCCUUUUUUAUUAUAUAUCUCCACUCUCACUUUCAUGUUCUUCUUUUGUUUUUGUCAAUUCACAUUCUUUGUGCAUAUCCCCACCUACUGGGGAAUUUAUAGUAAAUCAAUUAACAACUAACCUUGCACACCUGAGAAGUAAUUGAUAGGUGCAUCGAACACAAGUUGUAGCAAAGUCAAUGAAAUGGAAAAAAUCCUGCAUACUAUCCUGGCUUGCAAAGAGUAUCAAACUGUAUUAAGCAACAUUGCUUACAUUGCUUAAUACAUUUUGAUACUUUUUGCAUGCCAGGAUAGUAUGCAGAAUUUUUUCCAUUUCAUAGAAUUGAUUGUAAAAAAGGACUUAAAAAUGUAUAUGUUUCUGACCCACAUGUAUCAUAUAAUUUCUGAAGACAUGAAUUUAAACACUGGAGUUGUAUUGAUUACUUUUAUGCUGCCUUUUUUUGCUUUUUGUACCUUCAAAAUGUUGGUACCCAUUCACAUGCAUUGCAUGGACCUACAGAGCUGAAAUAUCCUUCUAAAAAUCUUUGUUUGUGUUCAGCAGAAGAAAGAAAUUCAUGCACAUCUGGGAUGGCAUGAGGGAGAGUAAAUGAUAAGGGACUUUUCAUUUUUGGGUGAAAUAUUCCUUUGACAAAUAAAUCAUUUCAAAAGCACUUUUAAGGGUUGGUCUUCAAAUAGAUUGGCUCUUAAUUCAGGAUCAGAGCUAAAUCUAAUGCCUGGAAGCCUGCCUUUGGUAAGCCAGUGUCAUAAUCACAGUAACCCACUGAAAAAUGUCUUUUAAAAUAGCAGUAAGAAUGUGAGUCUGACUAUGUGUGAAAUGUGGUCUUAAAAUGUUUUGUAUGUAGUUUGGUUAGUGAGUCUUUUUUUUUUACUCAUCAAUUGUGAUUAUAUAUCUCAAACCCAUUCCCUCCCUUCCCAUUUCUAAGGUUUUGUAUAUAUAUGACUAAAACCUGAAUCUCAGGAUUCAGAACCUCUUUUCAUUUUGUCUUUUAUAUAAUCAAAUCCAGAAGUCAUUACUCAAAUAUGUGCAUGAACAAUAAAGUUUAAUGCCAAGUCUGUGUGUUUUUUGUCUC